CCAGCCUACACUGCCGAAAUACUAUCCCCGCCAGAGAUAGGUGACGGUAGACUUUCCGUGUGCCACCAGAAAUGAAUUCAUUCAUAAAUCAGCCUGUUUAAGAGUGAAGGCAUGUGUGGGUUCUCCACAUACACAGGGUAUGGAAUCUGGAUGGACGAGGGCUGAGAUAGUGAACUGCUUCACUAAAACAUCACUUAGAGGAUGCGGAGCUUGGUGAGCAGGGGCCAAAACCCUACAAGUUUGUGAUGAAGAUGUGGCAGUUUGUCAAACUUUGAAUUCUUUCUGGAGACUACCAAGAUGUCCUCAACCGAAUGAAUUGCUACCCUGAAUCAAGUCGAAUCAGGGAUUCUAUGGGACAGAAUUUUAAGUUUCCUUGAUGUGGGAUGUUUUUUCUGUUGGUGUUGGUGGACACACUUGUGUGACAGUGGUUAAGUUGCUCCACUGAUCGAAUGAACAAAACAAUGAGGUAAAGGCAACAAAACAGGAUGUUUUCAUGUUGUUUGUGAACCACAAUACCGGGCUCUAAGGGAGACGAGCCUCAGAGGAAAAUCUUCAUGAGGGAACUUACAAAGUAGGACACCAUUCCGAUUCACAGGCUAUAUUCUUCCUCUCCGAUAGCAACUAUCUGCCGCCCAUAGUUACCGUUUAUUUAGAUGUGCUCAGCGACGAUGAGGCAGGCAUAUCCUGGCCGGAAAAUCCAGCAAGUUGAGAAUCCGAGGAUAUGCAAUCCAGAUUGGGGGAACAGGCAUUACUUCAAACCAAGCAAGCCACCUCAGAGCUGAGACGAGCUAGGACGAGGAGUAAUUGAGAAGGCGAAUCUGUAAAUGGAGGUCACAGUCUGUCACAAGAUACGCUCAAGAACCUGAAUGACAGCUCGCUUACGGUGGAUUCAAAACCAGGAACACAUUAGAUUGUUUGGAGAAAUAGACGUGGAGGUAGAUGACUAGAUGUCUGGCAAAAGGUGAUCAACGAUAGACUUACAGUGUAGAAUUAAAUCGAGCCCGCUCGGAGAAGCGCCACAACUCCGCUGUAACCAGAGCCCGCCUUCGCCCCGCCCCACCAAUUUGCUCAAGCCUCCGCGGAACCUGAUUGGAUUACGCUCGCGUGACUGACAGGUGACGUCAUUUGUCAGAGUGUCUAAUGAGCUGUGAAAGUGGCAGUCGAGGGCGAGAGCCAUGACGACUGAUAGAUGCUAGUUCGGAGGUAAAAUUUGGAUGUGCCCAAACAUCAAGGCAGUCCUCUGCUCUCCCACGGUGGGAUAUCGUCUUGUGGAAUACUUUUCACCUGUUUAUAGGGAUUCGCCGACUCGUCUACCUGGAAGCACACUGCGUGUCAAAGGCAUGCUCAGUGUUCUAUAAGAAUAAGAAGAUUUGGACUUUAGUUCUACAGUUCUAACUGACCGGAGUUAAUCACAACAGGACAACCGAUAUGCAUUCACUGGAAUAAUUCUCUAACAUGAACAGAGUGCGUUUGUUUUUGUGGCAGCAGACGACGAAAUAUGUGUUAGCCUGAACAAGCAUUACUUAUUCCAAGUGAGAGAAUAGCCAAGUUAUAGCUCAGUAUGGGCAAUAGCGGAGGCCCCCCUUUCCCCUGGAUCGUCAUCACGGGACUUAUCCCUCUCCUCCUGUCCCUCCCGUGUGCCCGGGGGACAGAGCAACCCAGGAAAUGCCAGGAAAUCACAAUACCCAUGUGUAAGAGUAUCGGGUACAAUAAUACCUACAUGCCUAACCAAUUCAACCAUGAGACCCAAGAGGAGGCAGGACUUGAGGUUCACCAAUUUUGGCCUCUUGUUGAAAUUCAGUGUUCAGCUGACUUGAAGUUUUUCCUGUGUUCAAUGUACGCGCCGAUCUGUAUGACGAAUUACAAGAAACAUCUCCCUGCCUGUCGAUCGGUCUGUGAGAGAGCCAAGAAAGGAUGUGCUCCUCUCAUGAGACAAUAUGGAUUUGCUUGGCCUGAAAGAAUGAAUUGUGAAAAUCUACCUGAAUACGGCGACAAGGACCAUUUAUGCAUGGAUGUAAACACGACCGACACCCAAACCCAAGCCCCACCUAGAGAGGGUGGCUCCACGGGUAAACCCACCGACGGCGGCGGCGGCGGUUCCCUGUUCAACCCCAGCGUCCCCGGAGAUGCGGGGGUCCAGCCCAUCCCAGGGGCCCCAACCAGGUCCACAGAGAGGGACUGCACUUGUGGAUGUCGCGAACCCCUUGUGAAAAUCAUCGAAGAUUCAAACGGUUAUUACAAUCGCAUAUCUACAGGCGGGAUUCCCAACUGUGCCGUAAACUGUUACAGCCCAUACUUCACCCAAGACGAAAGAACCUUUGCGACAUUCUGGAUCGGUUUGUGGUCAAUUCUUUGCUGCAUAUCCACUUCGAUGACAGUGAGUACCUUUUUCAUAGACAUGCAGAGGUUCAAAUACCCAGAGCGGCCCAUCAUCUUCCUCAGUGCGUGCUACUUCAUGGUAAGUGUAGGAUACAUCAUUCGCCUCAUCGUCGGCCACGAACAGGUGGCCUGUGACAAUGAUAUGAUCCGCUACGAGACCACAGGACCCGCAGUGUGCACAGUCGUGUUCUUACUUAUUUACUUUUUCGGCAUGGCUUCAUCAAUUUGGUGGGUCAUAUUGUCUUUCACGUGGUUUCUGGCAGCCGGCCUCAAAUGGGGACAAGAAGCGAUUGCUAGUUACUCCCAAUAUUUCCAUCUCGCCGCUUGGCUCAUCCCGUCUGUGAAAAGCAUUGCCGUUUUGGCCAUGUCCUCAGUAGAUGGGGACCCUAUAGCCGGGAUAUGCUACGUUGGGGGACAAAAUAUCGAGAAUCUCAGAGGAUUUGUGUUAGCUCCACUAUUCGUUUACCUUAUCAUCGGGACGUCCUUCCUUCUCGCCGGAUUCGUUUCGUUGUUUAGGAUCAGAAACGUUAUUAAACAACAAGGCAGGGGGAAGACUGAUAAACUAGAACGUCUGAUGAUUCGAAUCGGAGUGUUCUCCGUGUUAUACACUGUGCCGGCCACCAUUGUGAUCGCAUGUUACUUUUACGAACAGCAUUUGCGUCAGGCUUGGGAGCGGACGUGGGCCUGUCCCUCCUGCGGCAACGAGUCCCCUGGGUCGAGGCCGGACUAUAGUGUGUUUAUGUUGAAAUAUUUUAUGUGUCUUGUUGUCGGAAUCACAUCCGGAUUCUGGAUUUGGACUGGAAAAACCGUGGACUCUUGGAGAAAUUUAUUCCACGGGAAACUGUGCCACAAACAUUCUUAUAGUCAUCCAAGUAGAAUGAUGACAAAAUAUACAAACCCGUCCUAUCAGGGUGCAAAACCCCAGCCACUUAGUCACGUGUGACUUGGGGAGACUUGAAGCAUACUGAGAUUAGAAACACGGACUUCCGGGACACGAUAAUGACCGUUGAUGGAGAAGCUGUGUAUUACGUGAAAUGCUCAGAAUACUAAAAGAAACGACUCGGGAAAUCAAGAAAACUAGAGCUAAUUCUGAGCUAUUUAUUUUCUAAAAUACUCAGAAAUUGUAUUUUACGUAUGUUGUGAGAAUAUUUUGUUUAUUUAUUACUGGACAACUUUAUAAUGUUCAUUUAGUACUUGUAUGUGGAACUGUUAUGAAACUAAUAUUUAUGCUAAAGGAUAUUUUGAAGAUUUGUUUUGAAAUUCUCACUAAAAUUAUGAGAAGUUUGUAUCUUCUCAAACCUAUGAUAUUUUAUGGUCAACGCAGAAGCCUCGAUUCUGUCCAACACCUAGGUUUCUUGUUCCCAACCGAGACUGUUUCCCUGAAGACAACUGUUCAUUACGAGGAAAUAUGGACCUCAGAGACCUUUCAGUGUUUGUGUUUAUGUUUAAGGUGCAUUGUACAUAUAGAUAUUGUGAAUUGGGCGUAAGCCAGCUGGCAUAUGCGAUGCUCUGGGGAUGCUUUCAACGUCAAUGCGUCCAAUUUGUGCAGCGUUCAAUUGUGACAAUUGUGUAAUGGACGUUUUAAAGGCAAUAUACAAAAUGAAAUGUAAUUUUUGUACAUAUUUUUCCACAACGAGAAUAAGUAAGAGUGCAAAUGGAUCCCGCAACAACGAGAAUAUUUGCCAGCAGUGCUACCAAAAGUGGAACUGAAUUGAUCCGAACUAUGUUUGAUCAAGGGUGUUUUUGCUUGAUCUGGCAAAGCGUUGGAGGAACGGCGGGCCGCCAUUCCUCCGAAAAAAAGAUUCUAUAAUCCUCGUGGAACUUCCGCAUACGGGUUCUAGCUGCUGUUUGUACGAUAUGAUGUACUAGUAAUUGCAAUUUGUAGAAAAGACAGCCCUACAUACAUGUUAAAAUGUC